AUUUUUAGGAUGUUUCCUUCUAGGCUUUCACCCAUGGCUUCCGACACCCCUGCCAGUGACUAAUAAUGGCAGUACCGACUUUAGUAGGUACAGACUGAUGGGUUCAGUAUUUGGGCCAUGCCAAUGGCAGACAUGGGCCUCGAGUUUAACUUGAAUCCAUGACAUGAAAUUCUUUACUUGAAUCGAGAUUCAUGCGAAGCUGAUUGAAUGUUGGGGUCCUGAACCAGAGACGGGGUUCUGAGCAACCUUCUCUAUGCCGGAUGUUCUUCGUGGCAGCGCUGGAGGACCAAGAGUCGUGACUCAACACUCACUCGACUCAGACGCUGACAACACAACAUCAAUUAAUUGUGAUCCCCUCACCAACUUGCUCAACGUGAAACGUCCUGGGCGUGGGAGCGUCAGCUUCUGCAAAAGGGAAGACGUGGGGACAAACAUGGAGGUUAUCGACCAUCGUAUGGGGAGAAAGAAGAUGGCGAAGAAGGAUAGAUGCAAGCAGAAAAGUGCAACGAGAUUGCCCCACUAUUAUUGUAAUGUUUCUCACGUGAAGACUCAGCUGGAUUAUACCUCCUUUGUACAUGUCUCUCUCUCAGUCAUCUUUCAUGCUUCUUGCGUCUGGAUUGGUGGGAGCCCCACCAUCUUCACUUAAGGUGAAUCUCAGGUCAGGUUCAUCCCUUAUCUUGUAAAGAGAGAAAAAAAAAGGACAUUCCCUUUUUCAUCUUCUCUGUUCGAACCAAUAGUUUCUGCAAAAAGGUCUAUACAAGGCCAUGAGGCUUUUAUUUCCUGUGCUGAGUAGCUAGAUCUGCUCUUCUGCCUUUGGUCAUUGCUUUCCUGUGCUAUGGAGGUUAUUGGUUAGAAAGGUACUACUUGUUAGAGCGGAUCUGAGUAUCUUGCCUGAAUUCGUAUCGCAAGCAUGUUGGUGUGUGUUUGGAAAAGUUAAAAUAUUCUUGUUCAGUUCUUUUCUUUGCAAAGCCGAAGAUGGUUGCUAAUGAUGUCAAGCAGUAGCAAAGAAUUGGCAUAAAGACCUGGGAACUCCUCCUCUUUUCAGCAGCGGGACAGUUCCGUAAAGGUUUAUAAGUGCAACAGAUUAUUGAUUUUCAAGUUUGGCAGUGCAGAGAUUAGGCUAGAGAAGUUAUGCGUCCCUCUCAAUGUCCUGGAUUGCUCAUUGGAGGCAAUUCAGUAGAGUAAACACAUCACGGGAUCGUUUGGAAUUGCCAUAUCAUGGUGUGGGCACCAAUCAAGAUUCUGAGGAGGAUCAGCCAGGGGAACUAGAUCAAAACCAGUUUGAAAAAUUCGAAAUGGAUUCCAGUAGUGCUUCUGGUUCAAAAUGGAAGUUGGUACAGAGAAAUGGAUGUGGAUCUGUAGAGGUAAUGCCUAUGCUUCUCCAGCCAGCCGAAAGGUUAAAAUUUGGCUGCAAUAAAAACACAGAAUUGUUUGAGCUUGUGACCAGGAGCCAAAAAGAUAUUUCAGAGUCACCAGCCGAAAAAGCAGUUCAGUCUCAGGGUCCUGCCCCUUCUGCAUCACCUGCAAACUUAGGAGCAGUAGUGGAUCCUUGUCCUGUGUUUCUCUCUGAUAAGGCAGUCUUAUCUUCUUCUGUUCAAAAGGAUCGUGAUUUGGAAGUUGCUCCUAGAGAAUGUUCUUUGAUUCAUGAGAGUGGUAUGUCCAGCUUUCGUGCCAUUCAAGCAUGUGAAGAUAAAUCAUGCCCUUUGGCAUUGAGAAAUGCUACUGGUCGUGGGUUAGACAUUGCUGCUGAAGAACCUGACGUUCGACUUCCUGAUCUGGCAAACCAAUCCCAUCAGAUGGUGAAAGCAUCUAUAAAGGACUUUUUAUUUGAUGCAAAUAUUGACAAGGAUGAGCUCUUUGAAUCAACAUCAGGUCCUCUGAUGAUACCUACAAUACCCAUGCCAAUUAAAAUGAACUUAUAUGAAGACAAGAGUAGGCUAGCUAGUUCCAGAGCGACUCACAAUGAACAAUUAACAUGUAAUCAUUCAGCUUAUUGCAGGAACAGCCAUUGCCAAAAAGGGAGUUGUUCGCCUCUUCCAUAUACUGAAAAGAGGGUGAGCAUGGUAGAGAGAACUUCAAAGCAAUUUAUUCACCCCGUGUUUGGUGGUUUCCUUUCUUCAACCUUUAUUGAAAGGAAAGGAAAGAUCAUACAAAGUUGCUCUGAACUGGAAUUUUCAGGACCCAUCAAAGGCUCACAGAGAUCUUCCAAGUUCUUGGUUAUGCCAGAUAGGAUUAAUCUGGAUGCAAUACCCAGCUGCUCCAUAUGUGAUGCAGGAACAUUAAGGAUUUCUACUGCUGUUGACAAAGUGGAGAGAGUUCCUCGAGAGCCCUCAAAAUUUUCAAAAACUACUCAUAGUUUUCUGCUCACAAAGCAAUGCAAUAUGUCUGUACCCAGGGAAGACCAACUGGCCAGGAUACUAUUAUCUGAUGCAGAAAAUUAUCAAAAUGCUUUCCUUAAAAUGACUGAUUUUUGCUCUUUAUCUUAUCUCCAUGACGAGAAAGACAUAAGGACCAAACUUUUUGCCAAGAGCUCUAGAACCAAUCCACUUAAUGUGGACUUUUAUGGCCAUCGUUUCAGACUAAGUGGAGAAGUAGAAUCAGGAUCACCUUCCAACAGUGCCAGAGAUUCUUCUCCAAAGCCUAGAGAUAAUAAUGAGAUUUGUGCUCAAGCCAGUGGUUCUGCAGCUUGCUUUGGACAGCCUCAUGCUAUAUUGGUCUCGAAGGAAAAUUUUGCGAACACAAGUAGUUCCACAGCUGGUCAAAAUCAUCUGGAUUUGAACACUAUCCUGACCUUGAACUCAAGCGAAGGUUUGUCAACUGAUAUGAUCAAUAAGGAUUCUCGGGAAGCUGAGACUGCAUAUGAACUAUUGCAGAAAAUUACACCACUGGAGAAAGAAACAAAAUUUGGACACAUGGAUACCAAUGUGUCCAUGAGAGAUGGUGACUUGCGUUCAUGUCUAGAUGUUAAUGGACCUAACGAGAAGAAGGGAAUGUGUGCAUUAAAAGCACGGAAUUCAUCUGCAGAAACUCCAUAUCUACCUGUUUGUGAGCCUUCAGGUUUCAGCGAUCUGGCUUCCGGGCAGAGCAUUGGAUGGGUUAAACGUCUAAAGCGCAAUGAUUCUGAAGCUUUUGGCACCAAGACUUCAGUUCUUGGAGAUACUUUUCCUGAACAUAAAAGGACUAAACUGUUGAACAAGGCAGGCGGCCACAGUAGAUUCUUUGCAAGCUCUGACUCCAUAUCCAGUCCAUGGAUUAAGAAACAGAGACAGGACUUUGCCGAAGGAGUGACCACGCCUAGACAGGGUAAAUCAGCUGCUGAGCUUCUCAAGGAAAGUAGGUUGAUCUUAUCUAGUCCUUGGCUCCAGAGGCUCCGUCCUCGAGAAAGUCAGGCCAAGAAAACAGGCCCUGCAGAACUUACCGGUGAGCCUGCGAGCUGUCCAAAGCUGGCGUUAAAAAUGCAGAGCAAAGAGUCACCCACCAGCCUAGGGGCAAUGGCUUUGUUGGGCAAGGUGAUGAGCAAUUUCAGUAAAUGUGGGUUGAGUAAGAACGGGACGUCCAUGGUUUGGAAGGCAGAGGAACUGAAAGAAGAAUGUCAUCCUAAACGGUUAUAAAUAUAUUGAAGGAAGUUUCAUUAGGAGAAACUUUGUUGCUGUAAAUGAUACAUGUUUUUUUUUUAACCUUUUGUAAGCUGAAGCUUUUAAGAUGCUUAGGAUAACUUUUCGUGGUAAAUUUGCAAGGCAGUUGCUUAGUAAUUAAGUUCAAUGCCUUUUACAGAGUAA